AUGGGUCUUCGUGUUGCUCUAGUUCUUGUGGCGCUUCUGUGCGCGCUGGAGUGGUGUGCUGCUCUUCACCUGGACGAAGAGAUGGAUACGUCAUCUGGUCUCCCCGACCUGAGGAACAGGCUCCUUCAAGCUACGAAUUCCACCAGCAACUUAAAUUUGACUUACGGCCUUAUUUCAUGUGCUGUGUCUGUCGUGUUCUACGGGAGCAACUUUGUUCCAGUGAAAAAAUUUGACACUGGUGAUGGCAUGUUCUUCCAGUGGGUUUUCUGUGCAGCUGUGUGGAUCGUAUCACUCAUAGCGAACCUCAUACUAAACUGCCCAAAAUUCUGGCCUCUUGCCAUGGUUGGAGGAGUGGUGUGGGCCACCGGUAACAUAACUGUGGUUCCUAUUGUGAAGACAAUUGGACUGGGUUUAGGACUUCCUAUAUGGGCAUCCUUCAACUUACUCAUGGGAUGGGCUAGUUCACGGUUUGGUUGGUUUGGCAUUGAAUCUGAGACUGUAAAUAAACCAGCACUUAACUACUCUGGAGCUGGACUGUGUCUGCUCAGUGCCAUCAUGUUUUUCUUUGUGAAGAGCGAUGUGCAAAGAAUUUCUUCAGAGGAAGAAACACCUUUACUUAUUGAUAAUAUUAAUUCUGAUUCGCGGUGCUCCAGUGACGAGUCAUGGGUGGACAGACUAAGGCCGCGGACCAAGCGUAUUGUUGGAUCUGCAAUGGCGGUUGUCGCAGGGUUACUCUAUGGCUCGUCAUUCAUCCCUGAGCUCUAUAUUAAAUAUCACGCCACGGAUCAGAACAGCACUUACACUGGGGCCAGCCAGUUCGAUCUGGAUUAUGUCUUUGCACAGUUCAGUGGGAUCUUCCUCACCAGCACAGUGUAUUUCCUUAUUUACUGUGGCUUCAAAAAGAACCAACCAAAAGUGUUCCCCAGAGCAAUCCUACCAGGUUUUGCCUCUGGAGUGAUGUGGGCCAUCGCUACGUGCUGUUGGUUUCUAGCCAAUAAUUACCUCAGUGCUGUGGUCAGCUUCCCUAUAAUCACUACGGUUCCUGGGUUGAUUGCUGCAGUGUGGGGAGUAGUGGUCUUUAAGGAGGUGAAGGGUUUGCGGAACUACCUGGUCCUUGUGUUUGCGUUCUGUCUUGUUUUGGCGGGUGCUCUGCUAACAGCAUUCUCUAAACUAUAACCAGAACAAAAAUAAUAACAUUUAAUCAUUAA